AAAGUGGCGCCUCAUAGUGAAGACUUGGGAAUCAAGCCAACAUAACGGGUCUAACGAUCUAUAUACCCGUUACCUCCUGUAUAAUCCAUACGUUCGUAUCUCCCGUAUAGUGUGCGAUUUGCUUGUUUUACACAUAGUUUCGUCUUUUUAAAUGCUUUUCUUACUCUAAGCAAAUGAAAAACAAUACCUUCAUGCAAUAAGAGAGAAUUAUGAGAUGAUAAAAUGGAACCGCAUCUGUAUUGUCAGUGUUCAACUUAAUGAGGAAAACAUAACCUCUGACUCGUGAAAUCCGCAAAGCAUCUCUUCGAAGCAAUCUCACGAAAGAUCUGUAAAAAAUGGCAGAUGUACGUGAUAUCCUGGAUAUCGAAGUCCCAACGACUACGGAACUUACGAAAGAGUCGAUAUUGGGUAGUGACAAGAAAAAUCGCAAGAAGUAUGACUACAACAAAGUGCCGAAACGUCCGGAGGGUAUGCACCGCGAGGUUUUCGCGUUGCUCUGCAAGGACAAUAACGAUGUCCCGCCGAUGUUUCCGACGGACACCGGGAAAGGGUACAAGCAGGCCCGCGCCAAACUCGGUAUGAAGAAAGUACGACCGUGGAAGUGGACACCGUUUACUAAUCCUGCACGCACGGACGGUGCUAUCUUUCACCAUUGGCGACGUGUUGCCGAUGCUGGCAAGGAAUAUCCUUUCGCAAAGUUCAAUAAGAAAGUACCUAUUCCAACGUAUACGAAUGCGGAGUAUGUACAACAUUUAGUGACCAAUGGUUGGACACGAGCAGAAACGGACCAUUUGUUUGACUUGUGCAGAAGGUUCGACCUCAGGUUCAUUAUCAUCAAAGACAGGUGGGAUCGCGCCAAGUAUUCUGCGAGAUCUGUAGAAGAGUUAAAAGAGAGGUACUACCAGGUGUGUGCUGCAUUAACAAAGGCAAAAUCUCACUCUGACAAGGUGUAUGUCUUUGAUGCGGAACACGAGAAGCGCAGGAAGGAACAACUCAAGAAGUUAUUUGAACGCACUCCUGAGCAAGUGGAAGAGGAGCAGACGCUACUGGCCGAACUGCGUAAGAUCGAGCAGAGGAAAAAAGAAAGGGACAGAAAGACGCAAGACUUGCAGAAAUUGAUCACAGCUGCUGAUCACCAGGCAGAUCCCAGGAAGAGUGAGAGGAAGUCUUCCAAGAAGAGCAGCAGUUCUAGGAACAGACCGAAUAAAACCGAUACUUCUCACGCAGUGGAAUCAGCUGGGAUUAAAUUCCCUGACUUCAAAAACAGCGGCGUCAGUCUUCGUUCUCAGAGAAUUAAAUUGCCGAGUAGUCUUGGCCAAAAAAAAAUGAAAGGCAUCGAGCAAAUGCUGAAUGAAUUGCAAUUAGAGUUAAAUCCACCACCAACGGAACAGAUAUGUCAGCAGUUUAACGAACUGCGGAGCGACAUAGUUUUGCACUAUGAGUUGAGGAGCGCGUUGUCGACUUGCGAUUACGAGUUGCAGUCCUUGAGGCAUCAGUACGAAGCACUAGCACCGGGAAAGACUUUAACCAUACCACCGGCCCUUCUACCGAAAACUGAGCCAGAAGUCAAAGCAGAUAUUAUUGACGUAGUAGGAUCACCCAGCACGCCCAGUAUUACUCAUUAGUUAUGGAACAAAUGAAGAAGCAACAGGUGAUCGAAUAAACGUUGUAAAUAUUAUAUAUUCUACUUCUUUGAUGCGCCGGUGAUUUCCUCGCGUGGAAAGUCAAUGAGCACACGUCUCGUCAUUAGUACUGUAUUAUAUUACGAAACAGUUCUUAUUUUGUGUACUAUAAAAGAAAUAAACGACUUGAUGAAACGGA